CUGAUCAGCAACGCAAUUUCUAGGUUAUGUGUGAAGUCUUAAAUCUUUUUUGUUCACUUCACAUGCAUGCUGUGUUGACAGUGUUUUCAUAAUUCAAGCAUAUUUUGAAGUUUUAUAAGUGCAAAAAUGCCAAAGCAAAAGAAGAGAUACAUUGACAAAAAGAAUGCAGUGACAUUCCACCUUGUGCAUAGAAGUCAACAGGAUCCGCUGGUAACAGAUGAGAAAGCCCCACAACACGUCUUAGUCCAGCAAGAGUCCAAGGAAUCAAAGAAAGUUGAUCAAAAAGAGGAACAGAAGAAAUAUGGAAUUUAUUUCGAUGAUGACUACGACUACUUACAGCAUUUGCGUGAAAGAAAGCACACCGUCAACCAUUGGCAAGAAACACCUGCUCCCAACUGUAAGAUCAAGCUUCCAUCAUCAGUAUUCGCUUCAGAAGUUGAAGAAGAAGUGGGAAUGCUUAACAAGGCAGCUCCACAACCUGGCCUGCGCCUGGACCUCGACCCGGACAUAGUGGCUGCUAUGGACGAAGAUUUCGACUUCGAUAAUCCGGACAACGAGUUGGAGGAUGAUUUUGUGGCGAUGGCCGACGGCGUCGCCACAGACGAGGAAAGUGGCGUCGAAUACGUCGAUGACGAAGAUGAAGAGGGUUCCGACAAGGAUUGGGAGACUGAUGAAGAACAUGACAAAUUUGACAUGGAAAGCAAUUUUAGCGAAGAAGAGACCAAGUCCAGAUUCACGCAAUACUCGAUGACCAGCUCUGUCAUCAGGAGGAAUGAAAAACUCACCAUGCUCGAUGAAAAAUUUGAACAGAUGUUCGCUGAAUACGACGAUAACGAGAUAGGCGCCCUGGAUUGCGAGGAAAUCGAAGGCAACGUCGACAUGAAAUCCGAUUUGCUGAUGAAGUAUGCUGAAGAGUUCUCGAAAGCCAACGAGAAGCAGUACUUUGAACCGGAGCGGAAGUCAGUGACAUUCAAAGAGUACUAUUCGGAUGAGAGCGAUGAGGAGUUCGAUCGUAUCGAGGUGCAAAAGAAGCCUGAGUGGGAUUGCGAGUCGAUUCUCUCCACUCACUCCAACCUCUACAAUCAUCCAAAGCUUAUCGAAGAACCGACAAAGAUCAAGGUAGACCGUCGCGGAGUUCCAAUUCUGGCGCCGAAAUUAACAGCCAAAGCAUUGGCUCAACUGGGAGAAGGCUGCAAACCCAGCACUGGCCCAGGCUCCCUCGCGUCUGCUGUCUCACUCCUGUCCAUCCGAAGCAAAGAUGAAUCCGCCGAAGAGAAGAAGCAACGGAAAAAGGCAUUCAGGGAACAUAAAUCUGAGAGGAGAAUCGAAAGAAAAAUGAAUAAGGAAGCCUUCAAAGAAGAAAAGAAGAAGAUGACAAAGAUAAUGUUGAACAACAAAUUAAAUUUGCAGAGAUCUAUUGUCUAAUUUUAUUUUUAGUAUGAAGUUCAACAUUUGUGUCUGAUUUUUGUUUUGUAUAUAUAUAUACCAAUAUAAAAAAGG